CUUAGGCCUCGUUGAUUUCUGCAGGCGAACGCGCAGUCAUAAGACUUUGCUAUCCAGCGUUGCGAACGCCUGCAGGCAAUGCUACAUUUUCCUGGCUGAUAACUUUCAUAUAUUUUUUGGUCUUUAUCUUACUGGAUGUCGCCCGAGGCGCCAAGAGCCACGCCAGCGGCUGCUUCAUAUGUUUCUCCAGAUAUGGCGUCCGGCACGCUUCCACUCGAUCAACAACAGGUAUUCGCUGGCUCUGAAUUGGAGCUCACUCAAGCUCAAGUCUCGCAAAAUGAGGAGGAACAGGCGUUAGAUAUUCAUGAGGUCAUUGAGCUUCAGGCAUUCAGCGAGCGGAAAGCCUGGAUAGAAGAUAAAAUCAAAUUCUUAGAGGCACUUCCGCCCAUCGAGGUUUUCGUCGGGCUGGACGCCAUACGAACCUCUGCAAAAGACAUCCCAGGUUUACCCACACGCGAACAGCUUCAGGAAUGGCUCGCAGAACAUGACAGGAUUGAGAAAGAGAUAGAAAUUUUUGAUUCUGGGGAGCUGAAGAAACUUAGGGCACUCACUAAAGCAGCUACACAGAGGCAUCUUUCGCCGGAAGACACUGACGUUAUCGAACUCACGCUUACGACCAUAUAUGAACUUGACAAGCUCCUCCACCUCCUACGGGACCGCUCCGAAAACCUUGAUCUUCUGGGUAUUAGGUUGACGUGGGAAGAGCAACGCCGCGCAGCCUGGAGUGACCGCCAGAAGAUACUCGCAGACAUCGAGAAUUUCCUCACUACUCGUGCUAGAUGGUCACCCACUAUCUAUGAAUUCAUGGUUAAAUCUGAAGAAAAGCCCUCAAAUCGUCGCGGCUCUGUUGCUUCCAUGGCUUCAGACACGUCUGUUACGUCCAAUGCUGGUUUCUCUCGCAGCGCCCGUUUCAAGCUUGCAGAACUCCUUUCGCGGGAUUCGGCACAGUUUGCCGGCAGGGUGUCGUCACUUAGGCAUGGAAAAGUCGCUGCAGCUGGCAAAGCUCUGGACAAGUUGAUAGACAACAGUCGCAGGGCUGUUCCGGAGGAGCUACUAGACGAGCAGGACAAACUCGAGGACAAAGGCAUCAACGAGAUGGAACACGUCGGCAAAUUUGUCAUGAAUAUUGUUACGCAAUGGCGGAAAGCUGAUGAAAUCUACGUCGAGACAAUGAAAGAUGAGAAUGCCGCCCAAAACCUUUUGGAAGAAAUCGAAACCUCGAAGCUUUAUCACCCGACUUACCGCCAGAGUACUAGCUUCCUUUCUCGUGCAGAAACCCUUGUAAAAAGGCUUGCUGUGAGGGGUAACCCUACCGCAAGUGGUGGCGCCUUUCCGCGACCAUACCACAUUCUCUUUCCCGAUCAACAAUCAGCCAACGAGACCAUCAGUCAAAUAUUGUCGUCAGAACUUGCUUCCACUUCGGAUCUCGUUGCCAAAGUUGAUUCCCUUGCCAAGGAGUACAGAGUUGGUUAUGAAGCCGUUAAGGAUGUCGAGUCCUUAUCCCGGUCUGCUGAUGAAUUGAUGACAAUUUUCAAGUCCGCCAUUGAUCGUCUUGAAAAUGGAGUCACUGCCUGUGAUGGUGACGGCACCCCUCCUAGUCUCAUGUCGGAGGAUUGUUUACAUCCUACAGCGCAUUCCGCGUUCCUUACUUUCCUACCAUCAAUCACUCAAGAGGUGGAGCAAGCAUGCGCUCGAGCUGACCAUCUACUGCGAGCCUUUCGAGUGGCACUUCUCAAUAUGGAGCGACCUGGUAUUGACCAAACAUUCAAGGAAAAUGCUGCCGCUCAGAUUGAGGCUUUAGCUACUGUUCGCGACAAGGCUGCUGCCAUUUGCGCUGACGUGAACACAAGACUCGGCAGACUCCGUGUAGCCAGGAGAGUUUGGUCGAUCAUGGAUGGUGUUCUGAAUGAACUGGAGGACACACGGAGCGAGGUUGCCCACCUGAUGGAGAGAGAAAGAUGGAAGCAGAGCAGUCAGAGUACAGAACCUCUGACUCCGGAGACACCACCUCAAGAUGCCCUUCCUGCACCCUCAGUGUCAUCUAGUGAUAUAGUGGGCCGUUUAGAGGACAUUCACCAGACCCUCACAAAUGACGUGAUACAUCCCCUGGCUACCUUAACUGGAAUGCUUGAGAAACCCCUUGACGAAUUCCUCUCUCGUACCUCUGAAGGAUUAUUUGGUCACUUGGACAACCUGAAACAGAUGGUCGUCCUCCUGGAUGCUAUUCGGUCACAAUUUGCAGCUAUGACCUCCUUUCAGGACAGCGUUCACGAGCUCCAGGUUCGGGUUGAGGACCUCAAGAUCCAUUAUGAUGCCACCAUCGAGGAAGUUCUCAAUGACCAACUUUGUGGGGAAAGCUUGGGUAACGCGCAGGAUCAACUAAAGGACGAGUCAGAUGUGCUCCGUAGCACUGCCGACGCGUUCACGAACACCGUAGCUCAGCGGAUACCAUUUCUCUCUCGACAUGUCUCCGAUCAAAGAAAUGCACCUACCCUCGUUCGGAGAAGGUUUUCGUCGGCAGGGAACAUAAAACUCAUUCCAUUUGAUGUACCAGCCGCCGUUGAACCUCCAUUUACGUUGCUCAACCUUGAUGAUGCCGUCCGAGGAGACUCCAAUUUGCUAGUCAUGCGUCUCUUAGGGGAUGUACAAAGCCUCGAGCAGAAGGCUGGACAUCUUCAGCUGGCAUGUAUGGCCAAAGAUGCUGAUUCUAAAUUGACCUCGGUGACUGAUGACUUACGUGGUGUCACUGAAGAACUUAGCUCCCUGAGAACACUACUGGACUCUAUCUCUCGAGCAGACGAGAAACUUACUCCGCUGCAAGACCUAUCAGAGAAGCUUGACAGACAUUCAUCGCAACAUCGUUCUCGCUUAUCGCGCCGCCUCUCUUUGAUCCGUGAAUCUUUGCGGCAAAUGGAGUCUAUACCUUGUUCGCACGAUCAGCGUAUCUACGAGACUCUCGUCGUGUCACGAAGAAAGGAGGUGGAUAACCUUGAAGUCAAAUUGAAUGCCUGGGCCGAUAAUGCAGCUAUGCUUCGGGGCAAGCUGUCGGUUGCGCUCACCACAGAGGCACAACGUGUCGAGGUGGCUAAACUCAAGGAGCAACAAGAAGCGGAAGAGAGAAGGCGUCGGGCUGAACUUGAACUCGAACGCAGGGAGGCAGAGGCGAGAGCCAAAGAAGAGCAAGAACGCAGAGAGGCGGAGGCGGAGGCGAAGGCCAAAGAAGAACAAGAAUGCAGAGAGGCAGAGGCGAGAGCAAGAAAAAAGGAAGAGAGCAGAGAGGCGGAGGCAAGAGCAAGAGAAGAGGAAGAGCGCAAAAAGGCAGAGAUGCUAAGGAUUGAGAAUGAGCUGCGUGAACAACAGGCGCGGGAAGAGCGUUUGGAGGCCGAGCGACAGCAGGCCGAGAUGGAGCGUCAGGCGCGAGAACGCGAACGUCUUGAAGCUGAGGCUCAAAUAAAGGCGGGCAUUCAGCUACAGGAAACCGAACGUGCCAAGGACGGGCGAAACCUACAGGGAGGAGAUGAAUCGCAUCCAUUUGAAGAUGUAUUUGGGUUGCGCAUUGCUCCUUCUCCGUCACCGACGAAAACCCACCAGAGAAGUGACCUGCUGGAUAAGGUCGUCUCGCUGAGGAAACGUCUUCGUUCUAUUGGCAUCAACGAGGUCGCACGUCCUGCAGCUAACUCGAAUUCUUCUAAUCAUCUACCAACUCUGGAGCAAUACGGGAAGAUGAAUGCUCGCUUUGCGACCAUAGUCUCUGAAUUGUCCGAACUUGCUGCACUACCUUCUUCGAUGUCAUCCCCCGCUGCAGAUAUGGAGUUGAGAUCGGCAAAUUCGGAAGUCGAAGCAUCUACCGAGUUGAUGCAACGAAUUCGACAAUUGGCUGACCUAUCUGACGUCGCUCAUCGUUGUGAUAUGGCUCUCAGUGAUCUGCUUGAGCACAUUGACAGCUACCCUUCUCCUCCUGCUGGACCACUUUCUAGCACGCAUAUCUCGACCUCUCGUUUGCCCCCAGAAGAACAACUCGGAGCUCGCCUUGGUUUCACGAAGCGCACUGUUGCUCAAGUGGCGGCAUACAUAGAAUCAGUCAAGGAUGAUGCUCGCGCUAGUUCUGAACAUCGACGCGUUCAGCAGACAUGGGUCGAGUUGGAAGAAAUGGCCAACGAUAGGAUCUGCGGCAAGAAAUCUCGUCCUGCUAGUGUCCUCAGCUCUGGUAGGAAUAGCAGUGCAUCUGGUAUCAGCUCUGGAGCGACUGGUCACACCAGAAAGGCCACUGGUUAUUCCAACCUCUCAGUAAGAGGAUCUGCCAAUGGGCGUCUCCUAGCUCCAGCCCAUCCAAGCCCCCGCCGAGUGGCGUCUGGCGAUUUCCAAACCCGACCUCGGCCGCCCAGUAAACUUUCGAUGCUAUCUACUGCAAGCAUCUCAAGAUCAGUAUCAGGGCCGAUGGGAACCCCUUUAUCAUCAUCUUCUCUGCACGGUUCAACUUUUGCAUCUCGCCAGCGUACUACUAGUUUAUCUAGUAAUGCACCUCCCAGCACACCGGCGAAGCAACCUCCCGUCCCUAUCCGUCCCCGGGCGCAGACACGUUCGAGGGCCUCACCCACACCUUCGGAAGUUUCUGUCGUUGCGCGAUCCACCGUAAGUCACUCAAGGUCGUCUUCAUCCAUGUCCACGUGGGCCCGCGCACCGCGGCAGUCAUUCCCUGCUUCAAACAAAGUCCAGACACCCCCGAAGAAAACACAGUCACAAACGCGGAAAACCUACGUUGCUAAUCCCAAGAACAAGUUGGACAUCGCGGUUGGAGACGUCGUCAACAAAUUACCAGUUAACAUCAAUAUCGAGGUAGUUGCCGACACUUGGAAGGAUCAAAGCGGGAAGUACUGGAUUGGUGAUCAAGAGCCAAAGCUGUGCUUUUGUCGCAUAUUGCGCUCGCAGACCGUUAUGGUGCGUGUUGGUGGUGGUUGGCAAGAAUUAUCAAAGUUUAUCAAAGAUCACUUCGCAGAUAUUUUUCGCAUUAUACCUCCAGAGUCUCCUCCCAAAUUCGGCUCUCCCCGCUUUGGAUCUCGAGAAGAAAAGUGGAUUAGCUCCGCGACCUUACUCGAAGCGCCUGAAAUUGUAACUACUCCUCCCCCUCUCACCCCCGAACCUAGAGGUCCUUUCCUUCCUUCCUUCACCAUUUCGACUCCAGGAGCACAUAGUCCACAUUCAGUGAAGUCCACGCCAUCAUCGGGUUCUCCCUUAGCUCCGCUUCAGUUUCUGAGGCGAGCGAAUCCUGAUGCAAUGCGCCCAGUAACGCCAUCGAAACCACAUCGAUCUCGAACAAGCAUUCCUAAUACCCCAGCUCGGCAUAAUCUGUGGAGGCCAUGAUAACCUACAAUUUCUUCUACUCGCAUAUUACCGGACUGAUUCUACUCCCGAUACCUCCCUCGUCUCCUCUUAAUUAGACAAUAUCUCAUGUGGAUCAAACACAAUACCAGUCGCUCCACUUUUCUUGCUAUGUAUUUGUUUUAUUCUUUGUUGACAUCGCUGCUCGGGGUCACGUACGUACAGCAUGAUUGCUACCGGACUCGGAUGCUAUGAACUACAGUAGUUUCCUUUUAUGAACAAUUUAAAUCAAAAGCAGCACCA